AUGCCCUUCAACCAGCGAAAGAGCUUUAGAAAACGAGUAGGACCUCCUCCAAAUGGCCCCUCGAAUGCCAGCCGAAUUCCUAAUCGAAAUGGAGCUCCUUUUGAACGCUCUAAUGGCCACCGUGGGGCCCCACCUACUAGCGAGGGACCGGAUAUGAAGAGACAGCGCACAGGCUUAUCCAGAUACAGUGGGUCCCGCUACCAGGAAUCCAAUACAGUAGUUGCACCUGCGCAGAAAAACCAUGUCAACGGACUACAACUGCCCACAGGCCCCAAGCUCACGAAAAGUCAAUCUCGCUACGAUCCAGGGCAAGCAAAGCCAAAGUUCACUCCUGUAAGCGUCAUAGUUCGCGAGCAAGAAUCUUCGGUUUACGAGCGAAUUCAACAAGUAGGAGAAGGUACUUACGGGAAGGUCUAUAAGGCAAAAAAUAUUGUAACGGGUCAGCUAGUGGCACUGAAAAGACUUAGACUCGAAGGUGAGCGUGAAGGGUUUCCGAUUACAUCGAUCAGAGAAAUUAAGCUUCUACAGAGUUUUGAUCAUCGCAACAUAAGCACACUUUCUGAGAUCAUGGUUGAGUCUCAGAAAACGGUAUACAUGAUAUUUGAAUACGCUGAUAACGACUUGUCGGGGCUUCUCAUGAACGAUCAAAUCCAGUUUUCUAACGCAAACUGCAAACAUAUUAUGAAAAGCUUGUUAGAGGGCAUUCAUUAUCUGCACGAGAAUGGCAUCUUACACAGAGAUAUAAAAGGUUCCAACAUUCUCAUAAACAAUAAGGGACAAUUGAAGAUCACGGAUUUCGGUCUGGCACGGAAAAUGCGUGAUGAUUCGGAUUACACCAACAGAGUGAUCACACUAUGGUACAGGCCGCCAGAACUAUUGAUGGGAUCUACGACAUAUGGCACUGCGGUGGAUAUGUGGGGAUGUGGAUGUCUUUUAGUUGAACUUUUUCAAAAGGUAGCAAUAUUCCAAGGUACUAACGAAGUUGAACAAUUGAAUGCUAUAUUUGCGAUUAUGGGGACGCCAAGUGUUGAGCAAUGGCCAAACUUAUUCAAUAUGCCAUGGUUCUUCAUGAUGAUACCGCAACAAGGGCUCAAGUACGAGCCUAAAUUCAGUGAGCUCUAUCAAGAUGUGCUCCCAACUAGCGCGGCAGUUGAUUUGGCUAAAGGACUAUUGUUGUAUGACGAGGACAAGAGACUUUCGGCUCAAGAAGCCCUGAGACACCAAUAUUUCCGCGAAGAACCUCAACCGCAGCCACUAGAUCUCGCAGGUUUUGACGGGUGGCACGAAUUCGAAGCCAAAAGACACAGGCGGAAAGAGCGGGAAGAGCAAAAGCGACGCGAGAAAUCUGAACCACAAUCUACGUGA